AUGCAUAUCCUCGUAGUCAACGACGAUGGCCCCCCCUCCCAGCAAUCAUCCCCCUACAUCCACUCCUUCAUCCACACGCUCCAAUCCCACGGCCACACCGUCUCCGUCGUCCUCCCACACAUCCAACGCUCCUGGAUCGGCAAAGCGCACCUCGCCGGCCGCCGCCUCACCCCCACCUACUUCCGCCCCGGCACCCUGCACACCGACGACGGCACAACCCACACGCGGCCACGCACCGACGGCGGCGAAGAAUGGGUCCUCAUCGACGGCACCCCGGCCUCCUGCACGCAGAUCGGGCUAAACCACUACUUCCACGACCGCGGCAAGAUCGACAUGGUGGUGUCGGGGCCCAACUACGGGCGCAACUCGACCUCGCUGUUCAGUCUGAGCUCGGGCACCAUCGGCGGCGCGAUGGAGGGCGCGGUGUGCGGGGUGAAGAGCGUGGCGCUGAGCUAUGCGUUCUUUGACCGCAACCAUGAUCCGGCGGUGAUUAAGGGUGCGUCGGAGGUUAGUGUGAGGGUGGUGCAGUAUCUGUUUGAGAACUGGGCCGAGGGUGUGGAUCUGUAUUCGGUGAAUGUGCCGCUGCUGCUGGGUGUGGAUGGCGACGGGACGAAGGUGCUGUAUACGAAUAUCUUGCAGAAUUAUUGGACGAUGGGGUCGUCGUUUGAGGAGGUUGAGGCGAACGAUGAGCUCGAUCCGGACGAGAGGGAGAUGCAGAUCAGGGAGGGUGGUGAGGGCGUGGGAGGGAGCGACCAGAAAGUCGUGGGGUUGAAGCAUAAGACGUUUCAGUGGGCGCCAAAGUUUGCGGAUGUGUAUAGGAGUGUGGAGGAGGCGCCGCCGGGCAAUGAUGGAUGGGCGGUGAAGGAGGGGCAUGUUAGCGUGACGCCGUUGAAAGCUAACUUUAUGCAUUUCGAUGGCCUUAUUGGGGGCGAGAUCAAGCUACCCCAAACCCGCACCCUCGCAGUAAGAGAGUCCUCAUCAGCACCCGUAGAGCAAGCAGCCCCCUACUACGCCCUCGUAGACUACGCCGACCCCUACGUCCGCCCGCGCAUCCUAGCCGCCCUGCACAAGCACCUACCCGCCCUCCGCAUCCUCACCACCCCCAUCCCGCAACCCAAGCCCACAGCCAAGAUCCUGCAUUGGUCCUCCUACGAAUCCAUCCCCUUCGAGGACAUCCUUGCCCACCCCGACAGCGCCCUCUGCAGCUCCUACAUCAUCCGCAAAGCCCUCAUCCGCAAGCACUACCUCUCGCACACCCUCACCUCCUGGACCACCAAGCACCCAGCCUCAAUCCUCGCAGGUGCGACAUCAACAACAUGCGAGCUCGAGCUCGACUACGCCGAGUACCUCGACGAGGCCCUCGCAGAAGCCUACGAGCUGCGCGACUCCCUCGCCGCAAACGACAACCAGCCCCCCUCGCAGCGCCAAUGGUGGAUCCUGAAGCCGGGGAUGAGCGACCGGGGCCAGGGCAUCCGGCUGUUCUCGACGCUGCCCGAGCUCGAGGCCAUAUUUGAGGAGUUUGAGGGCGACGACGACACCGACGACGAAGACGAAGACAACGACAACGACGCCUGGGGCGUCGAGAACGGCAAAGUAGUCACGUCCGACGCGGCCGCAAACGCAUCCGGCAUCGUCACAAGCCAGCUCCGCCACUUUGUCGCCCAGUCCUACAUCCACCCGCCGCUGCUCAUCGCAAACACAAAGUUCCACAUCCGCACCUACGUGCUCGCCGUCGGCGGGCUGUGCGUCUACGUGUACCGCCGCAUGCUCGCGCUCUUCGCGGGACAGCCCUACGUUGCGCCAUGGGAAGAGAGCGCCGAUCUCAGCGGACACCUCACAAACACCUGUCUCCAGAGCGGGGACCGCGACGGGAGCGUCCGGCUCUUCUGGGACCUCGCUGAUGACGUAGCGGGCGGCAAGGAGGCGCUGGAGGGGGUGUGGAGCAAGAUACAGCGCAUCGUGGGGGAGACGUGGGAGGCUGCGGCGAGGGGGCAGAGGGUACACUUUCAGACGCUGCCGAAUGCGUUUGAGGUGUUUGGGGUGGACUUUUUGGUGGAUGCGGCGAUGGGCGUGUAUUUGUUGGAGGUGAAUGCGUAUCCGGAUUUUAGGCAGACGGGGGAGGAGCUGGGGGGUGUGAUUGAUGGGCUGUUUGAGGGCGUGGUGGAGAGGGCUGUGAUGCCGUUUUUGGGGGUGGGUAAGGAGGAGGGAGAGGGGGAGAGUGAGAUGGUGAAGGUGUUGGAUGUGGAGUUGGGGAGUUGGUAA